AUGGCCUCUGCCGCCCGAUCACCCGCCGUCCUCCGGCGCUCCCUCCUUUACGUCCCCGCGUCCUCCCCAAAGAUGCUCACCAAGUCCCUCGGCCUCACCUCCGACAACAUCACCUACGACCUCGAAGACUCCGUCACGCCCUCCGCCAAGCCCUCCGCCCGCGCCCACCUCCGCGCCCACCUCUCCUCCCUCCCCUCCCGCCCCUCCACCACCCGUGAGCUCGCCGUCCGCGUCAACGCCGUCUCCACCGGCCUCGCCCUCGCCGACCUCUCCGCCCUCGCGCCCCUCCCCGCCGUCGACGCCGUCGUCGUCCCCAAAGUCGACUCCCCCUCCGACCUCCUCUUCGUCACCGACCUCCUUCGCCACCUCUGCGCCCCCGACCGCCCGCCCGUCAAGGUCCUCGCGCUCAUCGAGUCGGCCAAGGCCGUGGUCGACCUCCCGGCCAUCUGCCGCGCCGCGCCCGACCACCUCAGCGGGCUCAUCUUCGCCGCCGAGGACUUUGCGCUGGACCUGUCCAUCACGCGCACGCCGUCGCUGAGCGAGUUCUUGUACGCCCGCUCGGCGGUGGUGACGGCCGCGAGGGCGGCGGGGCUGCCGAGCGCGAUCGAUCUGGUGUGCACGCGGUUCCGCGGCGAGGAGGGCAAGCGCGCGCUCGAGGAGGAGUGCGUGGGCGGGAGGGGCAUGGGGUUCAACGGGAAGCAGUGCAUACACCCAUCGCAGGUCGAGGCGGUGCAGCGGCUGUUCGCGCCGACAGAGGAGGAGGUCGAGUGGGCGGUGCGGCUGGUCGUCGCGGACGACAAGGCGGCUGCGGCGGGACGCGGCGCCUGGACCAUGGACGGCAAGAUGAUCGACGCCCCGGUCUCGGGCAAGGCUCGCGCCAUCGUCAGCAAGGCGGAGCAGUGCGGCAUGGACGUGGACAGUCUACGAACAAAGUGGAAGGAUCAAGAACCAGAAUAA